CCCUUCUCCUUUCGCGAAAGAACAAAAGAAAUCAUGGACGGGAAAGGCCGGCCGAGCUUUUGCGCUCUUUCUCGCGAGCGCGCGUCCAGAGGCCACCAGCGUAGGCCGGCGUAGUAUAUAGGUUGGCGCCGCCAGUUGCCGCGCGCCACGCUUUCUCGAAUUCCUCGUUCCCUGGCGAAGGGCGCUGCUUUAGAUCUGCGCGCGGCGUCCUCUCCUCGCUCCUGGCACUCGCUGGUUGGUGUGAGUGCGAGUGAGGCGAUGCUUAACAAAGCUUAAUUCCUUGGCUGGGCUGGCUUUUGGUUGGUGCUCGCAUCUUGCUGCUGCUCUAGCAGCAGCGUUUGGUUCUUGGAUGGAUAGGUUUCCUGAUUUGGGUCCUCGCUACCAGUGACCGGCCCGCUUUGCGCCAAGAGGGGGUGCUAUUUUUAGCGCCCGCGUGCGCUGCUCUAGGCGCUCUGCCAUAUCUGGCCUGCUUCUUGGACUGGUGGAUCAUACAACUUGCAUGAUCAGUCCUGGAAGGAUCAGGGAUGGAAGAGCACGGUGAGCAGAGAUGUUGGGAGGACCUAUUGCCAGAUGCCCUGGGGCUCAUCUUCCGCAACCUCUCCCUUCAGGAGAUGCUCACCGUGGUUCCCCGGGUUUGCAAAUCCUGGAGCCGGGUGGUCUCAGGUCCCUACUGCUGGCAGGAGAUCGACAUCCAGGAGUGGAGCCAGCAGCAGAACAAGCCUGACCAGCUCGCCCGCAUGGUUCAUACGCUCGUCACUCGCAGCGAUGGCUCGUUCCGCCGCAUUAGCGUGUCCGGGCUUCCAAGCGACUCGUUGUUCACCUUCAUCGCAAACCAUGCGCGAUCUCUCAAGACCCUGGAGCUUCCGAGGAGCGAGAUCAGCGACUGCAUAGUGGAAGAUGUUGCGCAAAGACUGUCCAACGUCACAUUCCUGGACGUCAGCAGCUGCACCAAGAUCGGCGCGCGUGCACUGGAGGCGUUCGGCAAGAACUGCAAGUCCCUCGUCGGGCUCCGGCGGGUCAUGCACCCCAUAGACGUCGCCGGCAAGGUGUGCCAGCACGACGAGGCCCGCGCCAUCGCCGGCAGCAUGCCGAAGCUCCGGCACCUGGAGAUUGGGUACAUGCUGAUCGCGACCAACGCCGUGGUGGAGAUCGCGUCCCGGUGCCACGACCUCAAGUUCCUGGACCUGCGCGGCUGCUGGGGCGUGGACGACAAGCUCCUGCAGGAGAAGUACCCCGGGCUGAAGAUCCUGGGCCCCCGUGUGGACGACUGCUACGAGAACAGCUUCCUGGAGGAGUGCUCCGACGACUCGGACGACGACGAUGACUCCAUCUACUCAUGGGAGGAGUUCAUGGACGACGAGGACGACGACGACUACUUCGCCGCCGAGGCCCUGUGGCACGACGACCACGCCCUCGAGGGGCUCGAGGUCAGGUUCUAUGGCGGCGGGUUCGGCGAAGGCGAAGGCUUUGCCGGCUUCGACUGGCCAGAGUCCCCAUGAAUCAAGCCGUCUGCCUGCAUCAAAUAAGUUACCGAGAGAAGUGGAGUGCCUCUGCUUGCUUGCUUGCUUGCUUGCUUGCUCCUGCUGCUAUCUUUAUAGCAUGUUCCAACUUUGGAGCAUCUUCUUCCGUGUCCAUGUGCUUGUAAUUGUGUCAAAUUGUGUUGCUAUCUCUAGCUGCUUGCAGAUAUUGGCCUGGAUGUUGUGUGAGCUUUGUCUGGAAUGUAAAAAACCUGGGGUGCCUAAAACAAUAGAGCAACGAAUCAAAAUAUGAUGAACUGUUGAGAAUA